AUGGCCGAACGGCACGCUGCUGCGCCCCACGCCGCGGUGCGCGGCGGCGAUGCUGGCGGCCUCGCUGCUGGCGAUGCCAGCCGCGCCACUGGCACGUCGGUCGCCACUGUCACCACGUCUCUCGCCGCGGUGGAGCUCUGCGACGAGGACGUGGCAAUGCGCUGCUCGGCUCAAAGCGAUGCUGGCUCUGCUGCCGACCCUGAGUGGGAGGCGGUGCUGGCGCAGCUGCUAGCAGAGGAAGCAGAGGAAGCAGAGGAAGAGGAGCUCUGCUGCCGCUUCGAGCGCCGUGGCGACGACUCCGACGACGGGUGA